AUGAAUAGUUUAAAAAAGAUACUGGCCGUUUUGUGCCUCACUUUGUCUAUUAUACAUUGUGGAUUAAUAUCGCCAACUAAGCCAGAGAAUGUUAUUUCAUUAGAGCUUAAAAGAGUUUAAGUUGACCCUUGGACUAAAGCAAGCACAAUUUCAGACUCUGCAUGCUAUAGGGAUAAAGAUUCAGAUUACGUUCAUGAAUAUGAUAUUCAAAGGCCAGAUUAUUGCAAAAACGUCAAGUCCUAUGUUAAAAUUAUGAGUUAAUGCAUUUUUAUGACAACUGCUUAUUAGGUAGAUCUUAAGUUUAAUACAAAGGAUGCAACCCCAUUUAAAAUGGUUUUGGAUUUAAGAACUCCUUGGAGCUGGAUUAAAAGUCCUAGCUGCAAGUUAUACGAAAGAAGUGGUAAACCUCUUGACCAAGAUUGCUCUUAUCCAUCAAAAGUGAAAGGAGUUAAAAAUGACGCUAAAUUUAACAAAACGUUCAAUUGCGAAGGAAAUUGUAAAGUAUACGAAGAUAAAUGCGCCGAGAUAGACUUAGUUUAGGAAGGUCUUUCUGUGCUUGGCAAUUUCAUUAGCACUAGUGUUAAGUUAAGUGAUACAGGUUUCAAGUAGUCAGUUAAGGGAUUUAAAUUAGUCUAAGCAACAGGUUUAUCAGGCUAGUCAUUAUUAUUAGGCGAUGGAGUUUUAGGUUUAGGAAAAUAGCAUACUGGAAAAGCAGACGAUGAUGAUGAAGAAGAUUCUUCUAUGAACUCAAAUUACGAUGAAGAUGAAGAGGAAGAAGAAGAAGAAGAUUCUUCAGAUGAUAACAAUAGCAAUUCAAAGAAAUACACAUUUUUUGAGCAUGGAACUGAUUUAUGGAGUGCAAUUGAUAGAGUAAACGGAAAAAUUAAUGCUAACGUGUUUGCUUUGUAUUUAGCUGAACAUGACUCAAUUAAACCUUAAUUAUUAAUUGGAAGCAACUCAGCGAAAUAUGUAGAUUUAAUUUAUUAGCCUGAAAAACAUCCCUUAAAGUGGAUUCCACUCCCUAUCUUAAAAUAUGACACAUAAGAAGAAUUGGCAAGAACUUACUUUUAAUGGAGAAUUCCUGUUAGACAAAUCGUGUUUAGAUAUGGAUUAGUUACAGAAAAACAAGAUGACAAAACUGAAUAAGUUGUUGGAUUUUAAAAUAGAACUUCAAUUCUUUUAAACAAAGAAACAGAAGCUUAAUUAAGUUUGCAAACUUCAGCAAUGAUUUUGCCUGAGUCAAUGAUGGAUAAUAUCCUUGACAAGCUCAAUUAAAUUUAUGGAAUGAAGUGUUCGAUUUCUACAAACUUCUUGAAAUAUGUUUAAUGCUUUAAUUUAGAUAAACAAUUAGAUGUCUCUUAAUUAGCUGUCACUAUACAUGUUGGAUAUGGAAUAGACAAUGAGUAGCUAAUUAAUGUUGAUCCUAACAACUUACUUUUGGGUUGCAAAAAGAAUAAAAAUUCAAAAUAUGAUUGCUACUUCAAUUUCUAACUCAGUUAAGAUGAUUAAAUCAUUUUUGGUGACUCAGUAAUGCGCGAGAGCUUUUGGGUUUUCGAUGUUAAUGGCAGAAAAAUCGGAUUAGCUCCUGCUAAGUCAAAUUAUAACGAAAAAAGUUUCUGGAAAGAUAUUAAAGGGAUUAUUGCUGAUGUUGAAGAUGUAAUCAGAGGAGAUAUAAUUUUCUUGCUGAGAUUCUUCAUUGUUUUAGUGAUUUUAUCAACAAUCUUAUUCCUUUUUGUCAACUGGAAGAAGAUUUAUCUAAUAAUUUAAAGAAGACUUAGAUAUAAAAACAUAGUUGAUCCAUCUGAACUAGCUAAUCUUGACCUAGAUAAAAGAGAUAUGGUUAUAAAAUAUGGAUAAACUGAUGACUAAGAUAUCACAGACUAAAUACAAGAAUUGGAAUAAAAUGAAUCAUUUGAUGCUCUCUGA